AUGGUGAACAUCUCCUAUACAGAAAUGUCAGGCGACAUGCUCGCCACGUUUGCUCCAGACGCCGAGCCGGCGCUGUACAACCUUGGCGACAUUGCCUUUGUGCUUUCCGGCAUGGCCCUUGUCUGGUUGAUGAUCCCCGGUGUCGGCCUCUUCUAUUCGGGACUUCUGCGACGCAAGAACGCCCUCUCAAUGAUCAUGCUGUCGAUGUGCGCCAUCGCCGUCGGUUCAUUCCAGUGGUUCUUCUGGGGAUACUCCCUAACCUUCUCGUCCACUGCUUCCCUCUUCAUCGGCGACCUGAAGCACUUUGGCCUCAUGAACGUCCUCGACGCCCCUAGUAUGGGAAGCACUCGCAUUCCAGCUCUGGUCUUCUGCGCAUACCAGUGCAUGUUCGCCAUCAUCACCGUCGCCCUUGCAUGUGGUGGAUUUGCCGAACGCUCCAAGAUUGGCCCAGUCACAGUUUUCAUGUUCGUCUGGCUUACCCUCGUGUAUUGCCCCAUUGCAUGCUGGACAUGGAACGCAAACGGGUGGACGUUUGUGCUCGGUGGACUCGACUUUGCUGGCGGCACACCAGUGCAUAUUUCAUCUGGAACGGCUGCCCUAGCAAUCGCGCUCUACCUCGGUAAGAGGAGGGGAUACGGUUCCGAACGGCUCGCGUACAAGCCGCACAACACAACCUUUGUCGUUCUCGGUACAGUCUUCCUCUGGUUCGGGUGGUUUGGGUUCAACGGCGGGAGUGCGCUCUCCGCCAACCUCCGCGCGAUUCAGGCCUGUAUCGUGACCAACCUCGCAGCGUCUGUCGGCGGGCUGACAUGGAUGCUCCUCGACUGGCGCCUGGAACGCAAGUUUUCAGCGGUCGGUUUCUGUUCCGGCGCAGUCGCCGGGUUGGUUGGCAUCACCCCCGCUGCCGGAUUCGUUGGAGCGCCCGCCGCUGUCGCAAUUGGCUUCGUGACCGGCGUUGCAGCAAACUUUGGCACCAAGCUCAAGUACCUCGUCCACAUCGAUGAGGCUCUAGAUGUCUUUGCGUCGCACGGUAUUGGUGGCCUCAUGGGAUGUAUCCUCACCGGCCUAUUCGCCGACUCGCGGGUCGCUGGAUUCGACGGCACAACAGUCAUCCCAGGCGGCUGGAUCAACCACAACUACGUGCAGCUUGGAAAGCAGAUCGCCGACGCGGUUUCGGGGAUGGCGUGGUCCUUUGCCGUGACGACCAUCAUCCUCUGGGCCAUGCACUUUGUGCCUGGGCUCCGGCUUCGGUGUUCCGAGGAACAGGAGAUUGUCGGCGUCGACGACGCGUUCCUUGGCGAAUGGGCUUAUGAUUAUGUCGGCAUGGACCGGGAGAUUGACCAUCUCGAUCCCGUCGAGCGUACCCCGCCGUUGCCGGAGGAGAAGGCGAUGGAGGAGACGAGGGUGCAGACUCCCGAGAAGGAGACCGAGGACCCUGUUGAUCUCGGCGCGUCCAGUUCGACGCGUGAGUAA